AGAGAAAGACAUACAUUUGUGUUCAUUAUGGAGGUGAAUUUAGAUAAAUUUAUUUUGAAAAUAAUAUUCUAAAUACGCUCGUAUAUUCUAUUAGUUUUCUUGUGAAUAUGAGUUCGCCACAUGAGUCAAAGAUCUCAAAAAAUAAUGCUUUUAGAAAGGCAUUAUUUUUUUUAAAAGAAAGCAGAGAAAUUUUGAGGAAACGCUAUUCAAUAAUGUAUUGUUUCGAAACAAAUUAUACGGAAGAACAGAGAAAGAGGAAAGUUGAUGCUAUAGAAAAUGAAAAACAGACAACAAUAUUAGAUGAAAAUCAAAGGGAGCUAAAUAAAAAACAAAGACUGGCGAAAGCUGCAAAGAUGAAGAAGAUUUGGCAAAAUAAAUAUGACGAGAAAAUUAAAGAACAAAUGAAUAAUCAAAAAGAAGGCCAGAACGAACAUCAGAAUGAAGUUACAAAUUAAGAUAAAAAUGAAAUGAAUGCCUGCGAAUAACAUAGAAAAAAAUUAUAGAA